AUCAAUCUCAAAUGGGGAAUUUUGAAUUAAUUUGCGAGGUUCCUACAGAUUUUGGAGCUACUUACACAAAGUACAAAAGUACCAAGUCUGGUCUCACUGUCGUUCUCUCUGACAUUGAAGCCCCUCUUGUAAACGGUUACUUUGUCUUGGCCACCGAGAGUUUUGAUGAUUUUGGUUGCCCUCACACUUUGGAGCAUCUGGUAUUCCUUGGAAGUGAACAAUUCCCUUACAAGGGUGUGCUGGAUUCACUAGCAAACCGUGCAAUUGCCCAAGGAACCAAUGCAUGGACAGAUGUAGACCACACUUGCUACACUAUUACAACUGCCGGUAGCCAGGGUUUCCUCAAGUUACUUCCUAUUUAUGUAGAUCAUGUUUUGUAUCCUACUCUCACAGAGAGUGGUUAUUAUACCGAAGUUCAUCAUAUUAACGGGGAAGGCGAAGAUGCAGGUAAAUUUGUUGUAUACAGUGAAAUGCAGGGUUGCCAAAACUCAAGCAGUGAUAGACUUCAUCUUCGUAUGAAAAGAAUUCUCUACCCUGAAACAUGUGGCUAUCGCUCAGAGACUGGUGGAUUAAUGGAGCGCCUUAGAGAGCUAUCUGUAGAAAAAAUUCGCGAUUACCAUAAGGCUUAUUACCGCCCUGAUAACCUGUGCUUGAUUAUUACCGGAAAGGUUGAUCCUGCAGACCUUAUGAAGGCUCUUGAGCCUGUCGAAGAAAAUAUUCUUUCUAAAGGUCCUCUUCCACCUAUGCAAAGACCUUGGGUGAGCACAGGCGACUUUCCCAAUCUGACGAAGAAUAUCGAGGAAACCGUAUUGUUUGCCGAUGAAGAUGAAUCCAUGGGAACAGUUCUUAUUGCAUGGAACGGACCAAAAUGCCAUGAAUACUUCACUAUGAAAGCUUUAGAAGUCUUGAAUCUUUACCUUACAGACUCACCUGUGUCCGUUUUGCAAAAAGAAUUUGUUGAAAUCGAAGACCCCCUUUGCACAGGUAUUUCUUUUGAUAGCACUGAUCAUCUCAAGACAACAUUGAUGUUGACUGCUUCCAAUGUACCCAUUGAAGAGAUUGAUGAAUUUCCUGCUCAACUCUUCGAGACACUCCAACGAUUGGUCGAAGCCAAUGAUAUUGAUAUGGAGCGUAUGAAGAUGGUUAUAGAGAAAGAAAUUCUCAAGGUAUGUCGUACUGUUCCAUCUAACUCAGGUAUAUGUAUAGACUUCUUAUACGGAUCUGAAGAUGGAGAGGACCUUAAGAAGGCUGUUAAGGAUAAAGAAUACCUUGCACAGCUUAUUGAUCUUACUGUGUCUGAUUGGAUUAACCUUUUAAAAACAUGGUACCUUGACCAGUUUCACGUUGUUCUUCUCGGAAAACCUUCCGCAGAGUUUGCAGAGCAGAUGACGGAGGAAGAAAACCAGCGUAUCGAGAAGCAGCGCGAGGAUCUUGGAGAAAAGAAGCUCGAGGAGUUACAUGAUGCUUUAGAAAAGGCUAUGGCUGCUAAUGAUGUCCCUGUACCUAAUGAAAUCUUGGAUAAUUUUGUUAUUCCUUCUGUUUCGACUAUCAAGUUUAUUGAUGUUCAAUCGGCUCAAAAUAACUCAAAGAGUAUAAAAAAUGCCGUCCAAGAACAUAUCAACCGCGAUAAUUCAGCCGAUAUUCCAUUUUUCAUUCAAUUUGAUCAUAUCAAGUCGGCCUUUAUUAAGCUGACUGCUCAUAUCAGUGCAUCGUCUAUUCCAUCGCACCUGUUGCCAUACACCCGUAUUUUCUUAAAGUCGAUAUUUUCACUACCAGUAGAGAGAGAUGGUAUGACACUCACAUAUGAAGAAGUUGUGAAAGGGUUGAGUGAGGAUACACUUGAGUAUGACUCUGGCCUUGGAACAAGCAGUGGAUUUAGAGAACUUGCCGUAUUCUCUAUUAAAGUUGAGGCAUCGAAAUAUAAAAAAGCUAUCAAGUGGCUCCAGGAUAUCCUCUGGCACACCCAAUUUACUGCAGAACGUCUCAAGAUCGUAGCCAACCAGAUUCUAAAUGAUAUUCCUCAGUCCAAGAGAGAUGGUCACAGUAUGACAAUUGCUUGUAUGCGAAUUAUUCAAUACGAUGCAACCAAAUCUGUCAGUGCUUCUCGCAAUGUUCUUUUCCAGACCGCUUUCCUUACAAAUCUACUCCAAACUCUUGAAAAUGACCCUAACUCUGUCGUCAAGGAAUUAAACAUUUACCGCGAUGCAUUAUGCAACCCUGCAAACAUCCGCCUUCACGUUGCAGGCGAUAUUUUGAAAUUAGAAGAGCCUCGUACAUCCUUUAAAGACUUCUCUAAUAACGGACCUUUGGCCCCAAUCACACUGGCUCAGGAUGUUCUUAGUGCUGCUGGUAUCUCUCCCGGAGAAACGGGUGUUAUUAUCAACCUGCCUUCAAUUGAAAACUCAUUCUCAAUGCACUCAACCAAAGGCCCUAGCAAGUUUGAUGAUCCAGACAUUGCCCCUCUAUUGAUUAUGAUUGAGCUCUUGGAUACCAUGGAAGGAAUUUUCUGGAAACUUAUCCGUGGUCAAGGUCUUGCCUACUCUUGCUUCUUGGAUUCUGAUGUGGAAGCAGGUGAAAUUAGUUUUAGUAUAUACAAGUCCCCUGAUGCUUCCAAGGCAUUCGAACAGGCAAAGUUUGUGAUUGAUCAAUUGACAACCAAAAAGAUGGAGAUCGAACUCUCUGCGGUAGAUGGCGCCAAGAGUGCUGUGAUUUAUAGUAUGGUGUCAAGAGAGAACACUAUGGAUCGUGCAGCUCUCCAAUCAUUUGCCAACCAAGUUCUCAAGCAUAUGCCUGCUUCGUAUAACAGAAGCCUCCUUACAGCUAUUCAGGCUACCAAAGUUGAGGACCUUUACCGUGUACUAGACAAGUACUUUGUUAGCUUGUUUGAUCCAAAAACUUCCAACCAUGUAGUUGUCAGUACAUCUGCAAAGGUUCCAGAGAUCCAGAAGAGCUUCUCUUCGCUUGGCUUUAACCUUAAAUCGACGACACUUAAUGAUAUUGCUGGAGACGCUUCGUCUUAAAAAAACAGUUUAUAUUUCUUAAUGGAUUAUGAUAGGACAAUAAACAAUUUACUACACAUCUUGGCUCGUGUAUUCUUGCUUUUACUACUUCAAAGCAACUGGGGCAUGUCACAUAUAAACAUACACAUGUAUGUAUAUACACGCAUAUGUUUAUAGUUAUGUAUACGUAUUGUAAAUAGGGGUAUUCUAAACGCUCAAACCAAACACAUUGACAAUGGCAUACAAAGACUUGGUCUCAUAUCUGUGACUUGCACUUCCAUCGUGGAGGUUAUCCCAGUAGACGGAGCUUCCGGCAUAGAAUCCUGCGCCAUUCUUUUGCAUAAUUACACAGGUCACAACAUAUUUGUAGUUCUUGUUCAUAUCCUUGAGCUUCUUCAAACAGUUAUCGAUAAUUGUUGAGUUCCAAGAAGGAACCUUUCCAUGUGCAUAAUCAACGUCGAGUAGAACACUUUCCAUUGUCUCUUUAAUAAUAGCUGUCACUUCUUCAGAAUUGAAUUUGUUUUUUUCAACGAGGACAGGGGAAUUGCUGGCUUCCUUAGCGGGUGAAACAGAACGAUUUUCCAUUACGAAUAUUGAAAUGAGUAAACAAAAACAGGGAAAUAAGCUGAGUUUUCAGGUAGUAAAGUUAGUUUGUCUUUAUAUAUUAUAAAGUAAAACAAGGGGAGUUAUGAGAGGAGUAGAAUGAAGAGG